GUUGCAGAUUUUAAGAUGUCCAAGUCUUCGGUGCUAAAAGUUGUCCAAGAAUUUAUGUUAAAAGCCAAUCGGCCAUAUGCCAUUAAUGAUGUGGUGGAUGGUUGUGGCAAGGAUUUGGGAAAGGCGGCCGUACAAAAGUCCUUAGACUCCCUGGUGGACAAGGAGAUUUUGGCAAUGAAAAUGUAUGGUAAAAAUAAAAUAUAUUUCCCCAAACAGAAUAAUAAUAUAGGAGAGUUAAAAAAGGAUGUGAUGAUGGCCAAACAAAAAUUAGCCCAGGCCCGCCAGGUUUUGAAAUCGAAAGAAAAUCAGCUAAGUGAAAUGCAAAUUAAAUUGAGAUCUCUGAGUAAAAUUAAAACCUUGGCCCAACUCGAAGAGGAAAAGGAGAAUCUCAUGGAUGAUAUUCGAAAUAUCAAUGAAAAGCUACGGCACUAUGAGGCCCAGGAAAAGGAGACCAAGCUCUCUUCCCAAGAUGUUAAGAAAAUUGAAACGAAAUACUCAAAUGUAUCGACAGCCUAUCGGAAGCGAAAACGUAUUUGUAAUGAUAUGCUGGAUGCCAUACUGGAAGGUUACCCGAAAACCAAGAAGGCUUUGAUAUCGGAUAUUGGUCUAGAGACUGAUGAAGAUGUUGGAUUCAAAGUUGAAUUGAAGCGUUAA